CAAACUGGCUGGGGAGAGCGCGCUCAGACUCGACGCAGUUGACGGGGCCCUGACGGCGACCUGCGAGCGCGGAGAACGACCAAGUCGCGCGCAGUUUUUUUUAUUUCGCGGUCCGCUUUCUUUCUAGUCUUUGUGUUCGUUUGUUUCGUUCGCACGGUGUCCGUCGGGUUUUUCUUUGUUGCGAGUGGACUGGUUAGGGGGCCGUUGGCGUGGUGCGAGUCGUCUUCAGCGAAACGCCACGCGACGGUCUACUCCGCAUCGUCGCGAACAGCUGCGGUUUCCUUCGACGGCGCGAUGCCGUUCAUCGGUCGUGAUUGGCGUUCACCGGGCGAAGCCUGGGUCAAGACUGAAGAAGGCUGGGAAAAGAAAAAAAUCCUGGAGUUCUACUGUUGCUCCGACGAAAGCCUUGAGUCUCUGGAACAAUCGGCAGACUAUGACCUUUCCCCAUCGCCACCACCAAACUUGGCUGGUGGAGAUGCGGGAAGCGGAGACGAGUGUCUGGACAUUGACACCAAGCAGCGGCGGCUCUCGCAACAGCCCUAUUGCCAGAUCACGCUCAAGUGCACACGAGAGGUUGCUGGUUACAACACCAUCAGCGAAGCGUUUCGUAGGCUAGACUUUCGCAAUGGCAUCAAAGAUGUGCGUCGAUUCAACUACAUCUGCAAGUUGCUGCACCUACUGAUCACAGAAAACCUGACCACACUGAGCGGCUGUGCGAGCCGGGUGCUCUUCACCAUGCUCGAAGAAGUGGCGUCGCAAGUUGCCGACAGUCGUCAGAACACUCACAUUCUUCAGCUUCUGCUGGAGGACCUAGAGCGGACGCUGCGCAAGUACCACUGCUGGGGUCGGCCCCUGGGCUCGAGCCAGCUGUGGGAGCAGCACCUGCAGACCCUGCAGCGCAUCUGGAACGUCCAGAGGCACAUCGACCUCUCCAACCCAACGCCGGACGACAGCACGCCCCAGUUCCCCCACCUGCCUCCCGAACUGCUCAGGGAAGUCCUGCUACGUCUGGCCGACUACAGAGACCUGGCCAGAAGUGGAGAGGCGCACCCGGUGUUGGCGGCCCUGCUUCAGGAGGAGCACGUGUGGCGGCGCCUGUGUCUGUUCCACUUUGGGCCCCAGCUGGUGGAGCAGUGGCUGCAGCAGCCACCCGAGAAGCUCGACGGUGCCCCCGGUUGGCAGCGCCUCUUCCACCGCCUCCGCAAGAAGCAUGGUCUGCGUGAGGAGUAUGCGGACAGCCUGCUGCUCUGCCGCCACUGCCGGUGCCUCUUCUGGAAGUCCUUUGGCCACCCCUGCCUCAACUCGUCUCGAGAGGAGGCCGUGGAGGAGAGCAACAACGGUGCUGUGACGCCGACAGGUGUCUUGCCCAUGUGCAUUCCCGUCACCCCGCAGGCCUUCCUCCAGUUCUUCUCACUGUGAAAGGCAAUGGUCUCCCAGUGCCAAUGUCGUUCUGGAACCAAAUCCAUCGUCGUUCCCAAGAACCAUAUUGCUGGCAGCUGACGACGCCAGCGCUGCCACGGCGUCGGCACAUCUUGUUUCCCUCCUGUUGCCCACUUUCAAAAAGGCAGCCUACUCAAAUUUGUUGUCUUUUAAACUUUUUGGAUCUUAUCUUCUUGGCAGCACUCUUGGUCUGAGUGUGUUGAGUGCCCGUGGAGAGGGUGUGUCGCAGUUUUUGUGAAGUUGGAAACGGAGCCGCUCUUGUCACGGUGCCACUCGCUGUUGUAAUUAACUCCAGGCAACAUUACUUUGUCGCUACGGUGUUUCUGCAGGCUCCGGGCUAAUGUCGUUCCUUAGCGGUGUUUAGUUGUUGCAUGUUUUACGUGUUAUCUAGUGCUUCGCAGUUGUACGGGGCAACACUGUACUAGUCGCACGUCGGUGAUCGUCCUGCUCAUAUGCUCGCUUUAGUGCUGCGACUACUGUUGCCUUAUGAGCAGCACUCGCACACACUUCUCCUUAUUGACAGUUCUGCAACCUGGAGUACAUGUUAUUGGACAUAGGUCACCUUAAGAUAGCAGUGAUUACUAUUUUGCGGUGAAAAGCAUACCAAAUAUACGCAACAUAUGCAAAGUCUAAAUUGAAGCUGUUAUUUUACGAAUGAGACAGUGUGCAUUUGUGGCAUGCAAGGCAUUGUUAUUAGAAAGCAUUCCAGAUUCCUCCUGCCACUUGAAGGAAAUAGGCGCAUUUUCUCAAUACGAAUAACUCGGUGAUUAAGCGUGUUACUGAAAAAUUGGUUUCCCAAAUUUUUGGCAGCUCAGACUAUAUUCUUGGCUUGUCACUUUGGUAAUAUCAUUCCCAGUGUGCAUACCAUUGAAUAAGCCAGCAGCCUCUUCGUCCAGUUGAAGUGUUAUGUUGGACAAUAAUACAUCGCGCACAUGUUAGUGUGUUCAUGAAGGUAAUUGAUAGAAAACAUAGUCAUUGAUUUUUCUUUUGUCGUAUCCUGGGGAACCUCUUAUGGUUAUCUGAAGCUCAUUGCUGGUUAGGUUGGUUAUUUAGUUUACUCAUAGUUAGGACACCAGAGUCAGUGACACACAGAACAAGACUGUUCUGUGCUCAUCUACACAUUGUGUCUUUUGAUUGCAUCAAAACUUACCAAGUCAUACAACCGCUUGGCACGGCAGUUGGCAAAAAAUGUUUCACUGAGAUGCUCUCAUACAGACCAGCGUAACCUUCCGACAUAAAGUCAUAGCAUAUGGCAUGGCUGGUGUUUUGGAUCUUCGUGAGUUGUGAUAGCCGUACUGGUCAAUAAUAAUGUUAGUGGACAACAUUCUGCUUGGAAGUCUAGAAGAUAGCAGCAUGUGCGGUCAAACAACCAGCUUUAGGGAUGCCAGAUUUUCCAGACAUGCCAAUCAUUCGGGUGGCUUCGUGCUACCACGAUGUACUCCGUAGAGCAAAUAUACAGGGUGUUUCAAGAAAUGUGUCCAACCUUCUCAAAAAAUCAGGAAAAUGCGAUAUUUAAUUGCUGCCUUCGGAAUUGGUAUUUCUGUAGUGGCAGGGAUUUUAAGAUGGUUAAAGAAAUUAUAUGGGACUGUAAUUAAAAAAGUUAAAUUAAUUAACUUUUUAAUUAGUGGAGUUAGGUGGUUGUGUCAAAUAGGAGAAUUGAAGUUCUUCAUGCCAGAAACCCAAACCAACUUUGAGAUUUCGAAAAAGUGGCAUUUAGUAAUAAUUACAAAGUAAUGAAAUUCAACCAAAUUCAAUGGCGAAACCUAAACAGAAACAUGGAAGAACGCAACUGCCAUAUUCUUCUGAGACGGCCAAAAUGAGUGAAUGACUUUUUCUGUAGCGCUAGGCAUCUUAAUAUGGUUAAAGACAUGACUUGAGAUACUAAUUAAGAAAGUUAAAUUAAUUAACUUUUUAAUUAGUGGAGUUUGAUGACUGUGUCAAAUUGGGGACUUGAAGUUCUUUGUGCCAGAAACUCAUCCCAACAUUAAGAUUUCGAAAAAGCGUCCUCCAGUGAUAAUUACGAAGUAAUGAAAUGCAACCGAAUUCGAUGGCUUUCGCUAUGGAAAGCCGUUGCAUUUUGUUGAAUUUCAUUACGCCACAACAAUUACUAGAGGACGCUUUUUCAAAAUCUCAGAGCUCGGGUGGGUUCCUCGCAUGAAGAACUUCAAUUCUCCCAUUUGACACAAUCACCUAACUCCACUAAUUAAAAAGUUAAUUAAUGUAACUCUCUUAAUUACUGUCCUAAAUGAUGUCCUUAACUACCUUAAGAUUCCUGCCGCUACAGAAAAAGCAAUUCUGAAAGCCCCGAGCAAAUAUCGCAUUUUCCUGAUUUUUUAGAAGGUUGGACACAUUUCUUGAAACACCCUGUAUAAGCACGUCCAGGCUUUCGGCUGCUACCACGUUGAUUAUCUCACAGCCCCAAGCCUGUGCUCUUGUGCACCAAUCUGCUGGCAGUAUGAGUUCCCAAAAGUCUACUUCUUUGAAAUGCAGGAGUAUCAUGCAAUCGAGCAUGCACAACAUAUUAUGGUAAAGCAUAUCAAGCAUUGAAAGGGGCCACUGUAACAAGACGUCAUAGGUGUUGCUUAAUUGCACAUGCACCCACAGUCUCGUGUCAUAUUACAAGCAAUGGGACGGCUGGCGAGUGUACCAGCAGACCUUCAGAGUUAUUUUGGAUAUGGCCGUGGCAACUCGAAACCAUCUGGGCACUAAAAAGACAGGCAUUCAUUUUUUUUGGACCUACCACUUUUUAUAUGAUUUCCAUACGGAGUCGGAGAAAUCAUACAUUGAUUGUAUAGUACGGCUGUUCUUUUAAUGUACAGGGUAAAUAAGGCUUCAAUGAAAUGGUUAUUUCCCAGAGAACUGAAAGCACGAACGCUUGUGACGCCGCUUUGUGUGCACAUGCUUAAAUUUUUUUUUGCGCUGUCUCUUCUUGAUACUUCAGUACACUUGUUAAUGUGAUCACAAAGAAGCAGCGCGCACAUAUUUUUAAUGUUUCAGUCAUUGCUUGCCCCGAAAAUAAAAAGUUCCACAAAGUGUUGAAAGUUCAACUUUUUCUUUCUCCUAGUCUUUGUCAUGGAACAUCGUGCAGCUCUUACUUGUGCAUAUCAAGGCUGCUACUAAUGUGAACAGAGCCAAAGAAAUACAGUUAAAAGCAAAGAAUGCAUGGAUUCUGUUAACAUUUGGUCUUAACUGAUGUGAUGUAAUGUGAAGUUACAUCUUAACUGAUGUAACUGAUGUGAUGUCGCAAGUCUGCGAUGUGGUCGUGCGGCUACAUUGGGAUGGUAUCCCCACGUCGCGAAAUUAGAAGAGAGCGAAAUGGAAUCGUGGCAAGAGCAGCGCCUGAAAACUUGUUUCCAAGUGAGCCCCUGUUAUGAUCACCGGUGCUUUAGAGUUUGUACAUAUGUAUGUAGGAAGGCAUAUGAGCUAUAUUUUCUAUACAGAAAUCUUAUUUCAGUAUUUAAAAGGCAUAAAAAAAAUGACGAACUUAAAAGAAUAUAUAUUUAUAUGUUUGUCUGCAAGCUGAGAGAGUGUUUGUUGGAGGAGAGAAGAGAGUGAAGAACACAUCAGCACUGUGUUGAAGCAAUCUGUUGAAUGUUGAAGAGUUUGUGCGACAAUGUGAAAUGUUGAGAAAACUUUCAAUCUGCACCCCCCCCCUCCUCCGCCCCCUUCUUUUUGUCAAGGUUGUUUUUCAAAGCUUUAUACACUCCGCUGAAACGCCCGAGUGGAAUGAUAUGUGAACCUUGUCUCAACAUCAGAGGAGAGGCAAUUAUGCUCCCAUACCUUCGAAGUUAGCGAGUGCGAACAGUUUAGUACCAUGCAAUUGUGCUUUUGUUAAAUGCUAGUGUCCAAAGUAAACUUGCUAUACGGGCCCUUUAGAAAAAUAUAACAAGCAAAGCAUGCUGCUUCUGGCAACUAGAAGUGUUUCUGAUUGGGCUGUUCAAAAAAAAAAAAAGACUUGGAUCUCUGGCAUGGGUGGCUUCCUAAUUAAGUACAAUGUUAGGAGAUUAGAAGAGAAACGGAAUGAAAUGGGUUUAUAUCGUCACUACCACAGACAGUCGCAGAUUAUGAAUUUGCUGCGAGACCUGUCGUAUGUUCCAAAAAAAAAAAAGAGUAGUUCGAAAGGGCAGGUGUCAGUUCACUGUGAAGCACCACGUUGAUGUGGACAGGAAGAUGAGCAUCACGUUUUGUGACUUCGCAGUUUGUUGCUUAAUUAAAGGACUGCCCUCACCAGACAGAAAAUUUUGGUUGUGCACUGGAAGUUUCUAAAGCAUCAUCCAGGUCUCUUUACACUAUGAGAAUAUUUAAGACAUUUAGUAAUACUUAGAUAAAAGCAAAUGAAUAUAUUUAAUGUGGUGGUAGUGUGAGGGAGUGAGCUAGUUUAAAGGGACUGACAACUGGCCAAAACGUGUGAUUAGGUCCUGGUGAAAAUGAAAAAAAAACGGGGAUUAUAGUGAAAGAUUUGAGCAUCCUUCUCGCAACCUGAGUAGGAUUUAUAUUUUCAAAUCGCAUUUAAAAGUCACAAAAAAAAAAACGGUAUGUCACGCAACCUAGAAAAAGAGCCUUGAAGAUGGAUUAUGGAGUCGUUCAUUUUGCUGUACGUAGUUUGAUGCCCUCAUGCGCUACAUAAUUAGUCCUCAGAAUUAGAGUAUGUAUACUGUUUCUAUUCCUGCUCUAUUCUGUGCUGCUUACGAGGUAAAAUAAAGUAGCGCGUUGAGAAGUGGCACUGCCUUCGCAGCAACUUGUGGAACAUGUCAAGCCACGAAGCAUGCGCGCUGAUUGCACGCAUGGACAGCAAACCGCCGCACGCAAACGCGAACCGUUCUCGCGCUUACCUCCCACGGUUUGCAGCAUGUCUUGCAUGUAUACAAUUUCAUAUUUCGCAGAUCGAAAAAUUUUAUUAUAAAUGUUUCACAUCGUUUUCCGCAUUACCAUUCCAUGAUUAGACACUGACCGGUAAGCUUUGCAUUGCACUAAAGAAAACAGGUACUCUAAAGAUUGGUUGUCGGUCCCUUUAAUCAGCAGAGGGUCUCUUUAAUGCCUCGGCCAUGGCUAGCAAGCGAUUUUCCUUCGCUGCAUUUGGCAGGAUAUGAGACUUGGUGAGGGCGCCCUUUUUAGUGGUAUGGUUAACUAAACGCUUGAUCCUCACUGUGCAUAAUAGGCAGUGUAGUGCUUACCUAACAGUGUAGUAUGACAUUGUUUUCUUCCUCUGGCUUCUAUCAAAUAUUUGUAAGGCUCCUAUUUAACGCCUUGCUGUGAUUCCUUGAUGGACCAUCGGAAAAUGGCUGACUUUUGCUCCUUUGUCGACCUGACUGAAUGGUUGCCAACCUCUAUUCCUGACUCCUUGUUGCGUUUUGCCAUGUUGCUUUGCACAUUGUUAGUAGCACCUUUAUUCAAUACUAUCCCAGAUAUGUUACUUUUGUGGGCACGUGGUCUUUCCUUCUUCUCGCUGUAGAUCGCAGUGAAAUAUUACCGAGGAAAAGAGUUUCAGAACUACGGCGAUAUUUUUCGUGUAUAGUUUUGUUCGUUUCUUGGCACUAGACGAUGAGAAAAGGAAAGCCUUGGGGUGUUGUUGCAUGAAACAGUGCGCACGCAGCAGAAACUGGUCUCAUGCAUUGUCUCUGCUUCGUGUCAUAGGCAUACAGGUAAAAUAUUCCAUUGCAGUUGGAUGCAGUCCUGGUUCGUCCGAUCGUGCAUUGAAAUGCUAAAAAUGUCACAACCACAUACAUAUUUAAAGCAGUGAUACAUAAGGGACACAAUUUUAGUUGGACGUAUCUGCACUUGACGCUAGCAGCUUGGCCGUAAAGUUCAAACUGCCGCUCGCACGUUAUGGAAAAAUUUUACGUAGUUUUAAGAUAUGCACAGUACGGUCCACUGUUAAAGGGAACACUCAAAUGAACACCUUUCAUUUUGUUGGCCCCCUAACGGCUAGCGCAUGUGGAAAAAUUGUUCAUGCAUGUUAAUAGUCAGUCAUAAGGGUUCAGAACUGUCAACCACCAGUAGUGUUAUGCAAAUCUAAGCCACAAUGCUGUUGUAGAAGAGCGAAGUCCGGACAUACCCGGAAUGCGAGUGUUCCCUUUAACAGUGGACCCGUCUGUACUUCUGGAAGACGUGUGAUAAACAAUGGGCGAUCCGUAAAAUGCUGCUUUCGCUUCCUUCAAUUUGAGCUACUAAUCUUCUCAGUAAACGUCUACCGAUGAGCCAAAGGCAUCAUUCUAAGUUUUCCUGGCAUCUGCUCUUGUUCUGUCCCUUCGCUUGGGAACUUGUUGUGCGUUGCACAAAUGUAAAGCCCGUCAACAGCGCGGUCUGAUAACUUGCACAUCCCAAGUCUACUUAUACGGUUGUCUAGUCAAAGUGGCUCACCAAUGACCUUUUACGACAAUGUUAACUCUUUCCCACCUUGCAGAGAUGUGCCUGCAUCCAAAUAAAAACUUUUUUUUUUUUUUGUAAACAGGUAAAAACGAGCACAUCGUGGAGAUAGCCGAUGCUCUUUGCAGACAACCAAAUAUUGUUGAACUGGCUUCAGAUUUUUGUUUAGUUCACGCAGCUGUUCGUGAACGGUGUUCAUUAUCGUUUGUUGUUGAACGUGCCGAGGUGAAAUAGUACUUGUGUGGAAAGUUUUGCAGCUCUGUAAUACGGCUCUCUCAUUCUGUUUUGAUGUUAGAGGCUGAAUUUCAGUGUGUACAUUUUAUUCCCCUCAACGUUUUUUAGCCUUAGUCUUUCUUAUUUUAGCCCUAUAGGUCUUGGAGUAUACUCAUUGACUGCAUAUAUAUGGCUGUCAUUUUUGUUUGUACAGUGUUUCUAGUUAAUUAUAGUUGACUAAUAUGCUUAGACAAUAGUUAGUAUAAUUUACAUGUUAAGACAGCUUUUCUGCCUUUUCAAAAGCUCUUGGGUGUGGAGCGAAUAUCAAAAGUGGUUUUCUACGAAACAUUGUUUUUAUCAAAUGUGCAAUUAUCCUCUGCUGUGUCUGUCUACUGAAAUGUUUUGCCCUCUAAUUCCGUCUUUAUGCUCUGUAAUCAAGUUGUAUGGACAACUAUACAUAACUUAUGUUUCUAUAUGUGCAAGGUAAUCCUAUGUUGCCUUGCUGAUGCGUGAUUGUAUGUUACCAGCUUACUAGGUGUGAUGCAGUGCCUAUGUGUACAGAUAAGAAAUGCAUAUUGUACAGUUUAAAUCUCUUUUUUUUUUAUGGAAACCUUUUUUUCUUCCCACGUACAUUUCUUGAAAAUGUUUGUCUGACCUCUAAGAAGUUUUGACAAGUCAUAUGUAUGUGAUCCAAGCCGAUAAAUGCAUAUAUACUCAAAAUAUAUAUUUUGCUUUAUGGUAUUAUA